GUGAGGCUUCAGUCACAGAUUCUGAAACAGUAAUAAACAGUAAAACUGAUAGUACCAUGGUUAAAGCAAAAAUGUAAGAAGUGCACACCUCCGGAUGACCGGUGAUCUGCAGCAACAGACGGGGGAGGGGGAACGGCAUUACUCUGCUCUCUCUUUGGCACCGUUUAAGAAGACCUGCUGUGUUGUAGAAACAACAUGGCAGAACGUCUGUGGGUUUGAUUUAUUUGUUUUCAAUCUUGUUGAACCUUGACACAAGCCCAUACCUACUUGAUUACUACUGACGUUAUGAGCAGCUUUGCUUUUGAACAUUUACCUGAAAAGUUCACCAUUACAGCUUCAGUGACGCAGUGUUCAUCUUGGCCCCAGUAUGUAUCCGUCAUGUUCUAAAGGCCAUACAUACACCAUAUCAUUUAGUCUAUCAAAUUUAAAUUAUUUUCAAUAUUUUUGGACAUUUGCUUUAAAAUAGCCCGUUAUGAACAGCUUUUGCAUAAAAGCUGUGUAAAAGACUAGAAAAAUAAUCAUGGAUUGCACAAUUUGUUAGACAAUAAUAGUGACACCAAACACCCAUGUUUUAUGCAACCAAAGCCAUUUAUUUUUUAAAUGACACAAAAAAAUAUAUUCUUUUGACCAUGCUCAUUAUUAAUUGGAGUUGUACAGAAAUGCUAUUACAGUAACAGUAGCAUCGACAACAGCAACAAAUUAACAUAAAAUAUGAGAAAACAAUAUAAACAAUUAGUUUCAUGCGUGGUAAAUCGAAUGUUUCAGUAACCUUAAUGAACUGAUAAUUAUUGUAUUUAUUUCUGAGUGGGAACAAGUUAUAGAAAUUCAGACAUCCUGUGAUGCCAAUAAAUGAUUAGUUAUUUUCUUCUAUGUGCAGUACAAUCGCACAACUUACUGUAAGUAAUCUUAAUAGGUAAGUUUUGAUUUUAAAGCAGUAUUUGUAUGUAGGGAUACAUUUGCGGUCCAGAUUUAUGGAUUUGUAUUAUAAAUCACACAAAGUAAUUAAUAUAAAUAAACCAUAUUUUACUGGUAUUCUAGCCAAAGUGUUAAUUCAGGUUGGUUAUAUUGAAUUGUUCUCUGAAUACUUUUUAAAUGUAGAAAUAUUAUUGUUUUAAAUUUUCAAAGUAGAAAAUAUUUUAUAGACUUUUAUGUGAAAUUUAUGGUGAGAUAAAAUCGAUCAGAAGCCAGAGAAGCAGGUGGAUUCUGACAGAGUUAAUUUAAUUCGUCCUCACAAUGUUCUUAAACUUUCUUUUCUAUGAAACAUCUGAGGGGAGCCGUGGCAAAACUUCAGAACAAAGCGUUUCAUAAGGCAUUGCUUGAGUUUUUUGGUCGUCAUGAUUAAUUGUAUUUUAAUUCGUUUUUGUCGUGUAGAACAAAAGAGUGACGAAGAGCUGCUACAGGGUCUCCUCACUGACUAUUAUUGCCACAUUUGCUCUUCUAACCUGAUGUUUGAAGCCAAUCGGGUGGCCCAUUAUGAGGGAAAACAACACUCUCAAAAAGUCAAAACUUAUCUGAAUGCUAUGAGAGCAGAUCUGGGCAGAGGUUGCCAGAACAUGUCCCGCGAUAAAAACAGUUUCUGUGAGCUGUGCUACGUGAUGUUCAGUUCACACGUGGUCGCAAAGUCGCACUACGAAGGCAAAAUCCACGCAAAAAAUCUGCGUAAACGAAGUCUUCUUGUGUCAGUCAAGGACACAGCAGUGCAUAAUUCACCAGCUGUCACCCAGGAUCCCGUCAACUCCGACCAGAACUCGUCCCAGGAGGACGACCCGGAGUGCCACCAUGAGCCAACACCCACUUCAAACAUCUCAGCUUUCUCGAACACUGGGGUUGAUCUCAAAGAUCCCAACAAGUACUGCGCCCUGUGUGUUGCCUCUUUCAACAACCCUCAGAUGGCCUUGCAGCACUACAACGGACGCAAACACCAGAAAAAAAUGGCCAGACAGGAGCUCCUCAAAGCACAUGGAAAAGAUGCACAGCAAGGGAGCUCUUUCAUGUGCCAGAUGUGUGGCGUGUCAACCAACUCCCUAAAGAUGUACCAGGCUCACAUGCAGGGAAACAAACACCAGAUCAGGGAGAAGAAGUUGAGGAUCCUUUUUAAAUCCCAGCCAAAAGUCUACAGCACGUUCGCCGAUGAGCUGGCCGAUUACAUCCAAGUGCAAAAGGUCAGAGGAAUCACCCCCAAGACCAGUGAGGUUCUCCCUGAAGAAAACACACAGAACGACAAUUACAAAGAAGAAGAGGAAGUGCAGCACAAAGAUGUAAAUCAGUGCGAUUUGACUGCAGUGCCUGUGUUUCUGCCUCACUUCCCUCAAAUUUCCCUCCCUCCUCCUCAGCCUAAUCCUGGGCCGCGGUUUGCUUUCGCUCCAGCUCCAUCCUGGCCUCCUAUUGGCUGGCCCUACAGCAUUCCUCCUCCUCAUCCUCUCCUCCCCUCCCCAAGUUCCACGCAGUUUAUCAGCCGGCCCACAGAUACUGGACCGCAAAGAAGACUCUCUACCUCCUCCACGUGCACCACAUCAUCCUCCUUCUCUUCUCACAGCUCAGACGGAAGUGAAGGCGACGAAUGUGAAAGCAGGAACACAGAAAGGAGAAGAACAAAAAGACAUAGGGAAUAUGAGGAGUCUGAUGCAGCGGAGAGGAGGACGAAGAGGCAGAGGAUGGAGAGGAGUUAUGACUCUGAGGACAGGAGACGGGAGCAGUUUGGGGAAUCGGGGGAGGAGAGGAGCGGGAAAAAGCUUAAAGCUCACCGCAAGCGGACACGGAAACAAAAAACAUGUCAGCAGGAGGACUUUGAGGCGGACCAGGGAGGAAACACGACUGACAGCUCACAUUCACAGACUAAAACCAAUGCUGAAUGCAGCAAGAGUGGACACAGCAAGUCAGGCAAACCCAGGAAAGAGAAGAAAAGAGCUAAGGAAGUGGUUGACACAAGGACAGAGGAGGAGAAGCUGUGGGACGACUCGAUUCUGGGUUGUUAAGACUAAUAAAUCACACUAAUAUUAUUACUUUUCUCCGAAUACGUUUGUCAAAAAUGUCACUUUAUAACGCCUAAAUUGAUCAUAUCAAACAGAGCAGUAUAACUUUAUUUAUGUAUUGUUAUUAGCAGCAGUUUUAAAAAGGAAAUCAGAUCACUUCUGAAGGUCUAAUGUGAUGUUGCAUUGUGCUAGCUGGCUAGCCUUAAGUCUGGGGUUUUAAGGAAAUGUGUGUGAGUGUUAAUAAUCACUCACAAUCCCUGUCAAUUAUUGAAUAUAGCUGAAAAGUUUAUAUUUAUUUAUAUUAUGUUUUGCUAACCAUGCCACAGUAACCUUGAAACAAAUUGCUUUGAUUGUGAUCGCCCCCCCCCCCUCUAAUCUAGAACUGACUGUAGUGCCUUUGGUGUCCUCCAGUUGGCGAUAUUGAGCUUCAGUCAGAACCUCAGUGGAGGAAAUAAAAGCCCAUGGAUGCUGAAA